AAGGACGAGAACGCGAUGCUGGUCUCGCUAAGUCAACUUCGUUUGCUGGUGCAAACCUCUACCACCUCGAUGACUUCCGUCCCGAAACCCUUGAAGUACCUGAAGAACUCGUACGACACUUUGAAGACCGCGCAUAAAAAGAUCGUGCGGAAGGACGUUAAACGUCAGUUUGCGGAAGUGUUGAGCGUGUUGUCGAUGGCCGGGGCGGCGCCAGGAACCAAGGAGUGUCUUCGAUAUUGCCUCGAGGGCGAGGUGAGGAACCCCGGUGAAUGGGGUCACGAAUACGUGAGGCAGUUAGAAACAGAAAUCGUGGACGAGUGGACGAAUGCACCGGUAAAAGAUGAGAAUCGUUUGAGGAAAGAACUUACACCUUUGGUGAAGAGUAUAAUAAAAUUCGACAUGAAGCAUAAUGCAGAGAUACCUGGAUGCGAUCUGUGUUUGGAGAUCGAUCAAUUGAAUUUUCUGCAUGAUUAUUUGGAUAGUACGAAUUUCGAGAGAGUUGGUCGGUAUCUGGAGAGCUGUGCUGCUUAUAGCGAAGACACAGAGAGAAGACAGAUAUUGCAAACAGUGGUCAGCCACUACAUGCGAUUCAAAGAGUACUGCAAAGCUACAAUGGUAGCCCUACAAUUGGGAGACUCAGAUCUUGUUCACAAAUGUCUCACCACUUGCCCCGAUCCUUUAUUACGAAAACAAUUGGCAUUUAUACUCGUAAGACAAAGGGAGAAUCCUUUGAAAAAGGAUUAUCAAGGAGAAGACGUUAAAGACAUCGAAGUAAUUCUAAGCAACGCCCACGUUAACAAUCACUUCCAUCUACUCGCGAGAGAGCUCGAUAUUCUAGAGCCCAAACAUCCAGACGACAUUUACAAGAGCUGGUUAGAGACGAACACUCUAAGACGCGCUGAACACGAUUCGGCGAGAGCCAAUUUAGCCGCGAGCUUCGCUUCCGGUUUCGUUCACGCUGGAUUCGGCCAAGACAAACUAAUGGCGAACGCGUCAGACUGUUGGGUUUACAAGAACAAGGAUCACGGAAUGCUCUCGGCAACCGCUUCCUUGGGGCUGAUCCAUAUGUGGGACGUGGACGGCGGUCUGGUGCCGAUCGACAAGUAUCUGUACACGAACGAUCAUCAGAUCAAGGCAGGUGCUCUGCUAGCCAUAGGCCUGGUCAACUGUGGCGUCCGCAACGAAUGUGAUCCAGCGUUGGCUCUCCUCAGCGAUUACGUCUGUUCGGAAAACGCCACGCUGAGAAUCGGUGCCAUUUUAGGACUGGGUUUGGCUUAUGCCGGUUCGAACAGAUCCGACGUCACGGAGCUAUUAACCGCAGUUCUAGCUGACGAAGCAAGUACCAUGGAGGUGGUGUCUUUAGGAGCGAUCGCGAUAGGGUUGAUAAAUGUUGGUUCGGCUAACGCUGACGCCUCUUCGACUCUUCUGCAAAGAUUGCUGGACUUCACGCCUGCUAAAUUGUCCAGUACCUACUCCAGAUUUCUUCCAUUGGCUCUGGGAAUGAUCUACAUGGGAUGUCGCGACGUCAUAGACGCUCCUUCAGCCGCACUCGAGGUCUUACCUGAAACGUACAAGCUGCCUGCACAGACUAUGCUACAGGUAUGCGCGUACGCUGGCACAGGAGACGUGUUAAUCGUUCAAGAAUUGUUGCGAAUCUGUUCGGAACCAGUAGAUGGCGAGAGUGUUCCAGCAACUCCGGUGAACAGUCCUGUGACCAGCUGCUGCGAUCAACGUCCUCGAACUUCCGAACUGACGGACAAGGCGAAGGAGAAGUCGAAGGAGAAACAGGAAGAAUCGAAAGAAAUCGGCUCGUCACAGGCUAUAGCCACUCUAGGCGUCGCUGCAGUUGGUCUGGGAGAGGGAAAGGAGAACUCCAGGAUCUUCGGUCAGAUUGGAAGAUACGGUUCGAUAUACGCGAGACGUGCAAUGCCUCUAGCACUAGGGCUAUCUUCCCUAUCCAACCCGGAUUUGUCAGUUUUGGACGUUCUGAAUAAGUACAGUCACGACAACGACACCGACGUGGCCAACAACGCGAUCUUUGCUCUUGGUCUAGCUGGUGCAGGGACAAACAACGCGCGUCUAGCAACAAUGUUGAGACAAUUGGCCUGUUAUCACGCGAAGAACCCUUCCCACUUAUUCCUCGUUCGAAUUUCACAGGGUUUGGUUCAUCUUGGCAAAGGCACGUUGUCCAUAUCUCCUUUGCAUUACGCUUCAAAAAUUUUGGACAAAGCAGCUCUGGCUGGAUUGUUAGUGGUUAUGGUCGCCUUUCUCGACUGUCAGAAUUUAAUCCUGGGAAGAUCUCAUUACCUGAUGUACUGUCUGGCCCUUGCAAUGGAACCAAGAUGGCUGGUCACUCUGGACGAGAACUUGCAGAGUCUACCGGUGCCUGUGAGGGUUGGUCACGCAGUGGACGUCGUGGGCAAAGCUGGAAAUCCGAAAUCCAUUUCCGGCGGGUACGUUCACACAACUCCAACGUUACUUUCCUACGGAGAAAAGGCUGAACUCGCUCUGGACGAGUACGACUCGUUGUCCAGCGUAUUGGAGGGCUUCGUCAUUCUUCGCGAGAAGCUGAACGCCUCGGAGAUGUGACGCUUAAGGAUGAUACAAGAUGGCGGACAGUAAAA